GAGAAGCUACCACUCCGACAAACCAUCCUCGACAGCUUUCUUGCCUUCUCUACACCUCUCUCUCUUUCUUCUCCAGCUCGCUCGCUGGCCUCCCCCUUCUCUUCCUCCUUCUACCGGUCUCGCUGCUCUUCGUCGUACUAAAAUGGCUCUGCCCACCAUCGGCUGGACGAUUUCGCAGUGGCGCGACGCCCAAAUUGCUUCCUCCCCGGAGGAAGCUACAAAACGUCUCGUGGACCUCGUUUCCACCUUCGACAAGUCGGAUCCAGCAUGGAUUACUUUCGCUACCCCGGAGCAAGUCACCGCCGAAUUCCAGGCUGUUCUCGACUCGGGAAAGGACCCCAAGGACCUGCCUCUGUUUGGUGUUCCGUUUGCUCCUAAAGACAACAUUGACGCUGCUACCUUCCCCACAACCGCGGCCUGCCCCGCCUACCUUUACAACCCUGACAAGGACGCCACUAUCGUGGCUGUCUUGAAGGCUGCCGGUGCCGUUGUGGUUGGAAAAACAAACCUGGACCAAUUUGCGACUGGUCUUGUCGGCGCUCGUUCGCCUUACGGAAAAACGCCCUCUGCAUUUUCAGAUAAGCAUGUCUCCGGUGGCUCAUCUGCUGGAUCUGGAAACGUUGUCGGACGCGGUAUCGUUCCUUUCUCGCUCGGUACCGACACCGCAGGCUCUGGCCGUGUUCCUGCCAUGCUCAACAACGUCAUUGGCCUCAAGCCUACCAGAGGUGCCUUCUCCGCUACUGGUGUCGUUCCCGCCUGCCGCACUCUCGACUGCGUUUCGGUCUUUGCCAUGACUGUUCCUGACGCUCAGCUGGUCUUCUCGAUCGCGGCUCAGUACGAUGCCGCUGACGCUUACUCGCGUCCCCUGCCGAAGAACCUUCUCACUUCUUUCGGCCCUAAGCCCCGCUUCGCUGUCCCUGACGAGCCUAUCUUCUACUACGAGAAGAAGAACCCUGUUCUCUACAAGGCCGCUCUCGAGAAGUUCGCCGAGAUUGGCGUCGAGAUUGUUCCCCAGGACUUCUCUGUUCUUUACAAGCUCGCAGCUUGCUUGUACGAUGGCCCAUGGGUUGCGGAGCGUUACACUGUCAUUGCCGACUUGGUCAAGUCCAACCCCGAGGCUAUAAAUCCCGUUGUUCUCGGAAUUGUCAAGAAGGCCGAGAAUUUCACCGCCGCUGACCUGUUCAAAUACGAGUACCUCCGCAAGGAUCUCGAGCGGGCAAUUGAGCAGCAGUUUAGUGAAUUCGAUGGUUUCAUUGUGCCCACCGCGCCUCUGAACCCUACCUUUGAAGAGCUCGAGAAGGAGCCUGUUCUCGUUAACUCUUACCAAGGAACCUACACCAACUUUGUCAACUUUGCUGAUAUGUCUGCGCUCGCCAUUCCUGCCGGAUUCCGCGACGAUGGCCUGCCGUUUGGUGUCACUCUUAUCUCAAACACCUUCAACGAUUACGCGCUGCUUGAUCUUGCUCAGAGAUUCUUGGCUCAGGCCCCGCGCCGCAUUGCCAACACUGAGUAUUACACCAAGGCCGGUACUGACGACAAGAUGAUCCCUGGAAUCCCCAAGGUUCCCAAGACCAAGGGAUUUAUGGAGCUUGCCGUUGUCGGUGCCCAUCUCUCGGGUCUCCCCCUGAACUGGCAGCUGACUGAGCUUGAUGCUACUCUCGCAUACAAGACAUCCACCUCGCCAGACUACCGGUUAUACCACCUCUCCAACACCACUCCCCCCAAGCCUGGCCUCCGACGGAUAACACCUGGCCACGAGUCCUUGGUCGGCGAGAAGAUCGAGCUCGAGGUCUACAACAUCCCCAGCGAGCAUUUUGGUGCGUUCAUCGCCCAGGUCCCCCCACCCCUCGCCAUCGGUUCUGUCGAGCUUGAGAACGGCCACUGGGUCAAGGGAUUUGUCUGCGAGGAGAAUGGCUUUGAGGGAGCCAAGGACGUCACAAAAUACGGCGGAUGGCGUGGAUACAUCAAGGACCUUACCUCGGCCAAAGCUACUAAGAAGCCCUUCGACACCGUUCUUGUCGCUAACCGUGGUGAGAUCGCCGUCCGUAUCGUCAAGACCCUUAAGAAGCUCGGAAUUAAGUCGGUCGCCGUCUUCUCUGAGGCUGAUCGAUUUGCGCCUCACGUCUUGAACGCAGACGAUGCUGUUUCCCUUGAGGGAGACACUGCAGCAGAGACUUACCUGCGCAUCGACAAGAUCAUCGCUGCUGCCAAGGCUACCGGCUCCCAGGCGAUCAUUCCUGGUUAUGGCUUCUUGUCUGAGAAUGCUGAGUUUGCCGAAGCCUGCGAGAAGGAGAAGAUCGUUUUCGUCGGACCGUCUGCUGACUCUAUCCGCUUGCUUGGUCUCAAGCACUCUGCUCGUGAGAUUGCCACCAAGGCUAACGUUCCUCUUGUUCCUGGUACCGGCCUGCUUGAAACCGUUGAGGAGGCGGUUGAGGCGGCUGAGAGAAUCGGCUACCCGGUCAUGCUUAAGAGCACUGCCGGUGGUGGUGGUAUCGGAUUGCAGAGAUGUGUCGACACUGAGGACCUCAAGAAGGCUUACGACUCUGUGAGAAGAUUGGGACAGUCGUAUUUCAACGACUCUGGUGUGUUCUUGGAGAGAUAUGUUGAGAAUGCGCGACACGUCGAGGUCCAGGUCUUUGGUGAUGGUUUUGGUCAGGGAAUUGCGUUGGGCGAGAGAGAUUGCUCACUUCAGCGUCGUAACCAGAAGAUCAUUGAGGAGACUCCGGCGCCAAACUUGCCCGAUGCUACCCGCAUCAAGAUGGAGGAAGCUGCAGAGAGCUUGGUCCGUACCAUGAAGUACAAGUGCGCUGGUACUGUCGAGUACAUUUAUGACGCCAACCGUGAUGAGUUUUACUUCUUGGAAGUCAACACCCGUCUCCAGGUCGAGCACCCUGUUACUGAGAUGACCACCGGUCUGGACUUGGUCGAAUGGAUGCUUUUGAUCGCUGCCAACAUGGCUCCUUCUUUCGACCCUGCCAAGUUGAAAUUGACUGGUGCUUCUAUGGAGGCUCGUCUCUACGCCGAGAACCCGGUCAAGGAUUUCUUGCCCUCUCCUGGUCAGCUCAUUGAGGUCAAGUUUCCUGUGGGUGUCCGUGUUGACACCUGGGUUGCUAAGGGAACUGAGGUCUCUACCUCGUUUGAUCCUCUGCUUGCCAAGAUCAUUGUCCACGGCAAGGAUCGCGCGGACGCGUUGCAGAAGCUCAUCGACGCUCUCGAGACCACUGUUGUGUCCGGAAUCGUCACCAACAUCGACUACCUGAGAUCGAUCGCCAAGUCGGAGCUCUUUGCUACCGGCGCUGUUUCGACUCGUCUUUUGGACUCGUGGAAGUACAACGCCAGCGCGAUCGAGCUUCUUGCUCCCGGAUCUUACACCACCGUUCAGGAUUACCCUGGCCGUGUCAAGCUCUGGAAGAUUGGUGUUCCUCCUUCCGGUCCUAUGGAUGAUUACGGAUUCCGUCUCGCGAACUCGAUCGUCGGUAACCACGAGCAGGCACCGGCUAUUGAGUGCACCCUUAAUGGCCCUUCGAUCAAGUUCCACUGCGAUACUGUCGUUGCCAUUACUGGUGGCUCUACCAAGCCUACACUCGACGGCAAGGAGAUUCCUACGUGGGAGCCUGUUGAGGUGAAGAAGGGACAGAGCCUUGUUGUCGGAAAGAUCAACACCGGCGCGCGCUGCUACAUCGGUAUCCGGGGUGGUCUCGAUGUUCCCGAGUACCUCGGCUCUCGAUCGACCUUUGCUCUUGGUAACUUGGGCGGUUACAACGGUCGUGUUCUGAAGUUUGGUGACAUUCUGUUCUUGGGUGACCCUACUCUCAAGUCCUGCACUAUUCCGGCUCCCAUCAGUGAGCCCAAGGCUGCAGACAAGUCGCUGAUUCCCUCCUACCCCAAGGUGUGGAACAUUGGUGUCCUCUCUGGUCCUCAUGGUGCUCCCGACUUCUUCACUCAGAAGUCGAUCGAUGAGUUCCUGGCCUCGCAGUGGAAGGUGCACUACAACUCCAACCGCUUUGGUGUUCGCCUGAUUGGAUCCAAGCCCCAGUGGGCUCGUCCUGAUGGUGGCGAGGCUGGACUCCACCCUUCGAACGUCCACGAUUGCGUGUACGCCUUGGGUGCAAUUAACUUCACUGGUGAUGAGCCUGUCAUUUUGACUUGUGACGGUCCCUCGCUUGGUGGAUUCGUCUGCCCGGUCACUGUCGCUGAGGCUGAGAUGUGGAAGGUUGGACAGCUGAAGCCUGGUGACAUGAUUCAGUUUGUGCAGAUCACUUUCGAUAGAGCUAUUGAGCUGAAGAAGAUUCAGGACAAGAACACUGCUUCGGCUUCUGGCUCUGUUCUUGAGAUGCCCGAAGAGGAGCCUCUUAAGAACCCCAUUCUCUUUGAGGCCCCGGAGACUACGACCAACCCCAAGGUCGUCUACCGUCAAGCCGGUGAUCGAUUCGUUUUGGUCGAGUAUGGCGAGAACGUCCUCGACCUGCGUCUUUCUUACCGUGUUUACCAGCUUUCGGAGAUGGUGAAGGAGCGCCAGACUAAGGGAAUCGUCGAGAUGUCGCCCGGUGUCCGAUCGGUCUUGAUUCAGUACAAUGGUCUCGAGACAACGCAGUCUGAGCUGAUCAAGGUUCUCACUUCGUACGAGUCGGAGUUCAUUCUGUCUGACAACUGGCAGGUUCCUUCGCGUGUCAUCCGUCUUCCGCUUGCGUUCGAGGACUCUGCUACUCUUGCUGCCGUCGACCGAUACCGCGAGACCAUCCGCUCGUCUGCGCCAUGGUUGCCUAACAACGUCGACUUCUUGCAGCAGGUCAACCACCUGGAGAGCCGUGAUAUCGUUCGCGAUAUUCUGUACGAGGCCAAGUUCCUUGUCCUCGGACUGGGUGAUGUGUUCUUGGGCGCACCUUGCGCGGUUCCUUUGGAUCCCCGUCACCGCUUGCUCGGCACGAAGUACAACCCGUCGCGUACUUUCACUCCUAACGGAACUGUUGGUAUUGGUGGAAUGUACAUGUGUAUUUACACUAUGGACUCGCCUGGUGGCUACCAGCUUGUCGGCCGUACUAUCCCUAUCUGGGACAAGUUGACGCUCGGCCAGCAGGACAGACCGUGGUUGCUCGAUAUCUAUGAUCGAAUCGAGUACUACCCUGUCUCGGAGGAGGAGCUCGCUGCCAUCACUGAUGAGGUCAACCACGGCCGCUACAAGAUUGACAUCCAGGACGGCGUGUUUGACUACGGCGAGUACAGCAAGUGGCUGAACGAGCACGCCGAGGAGCUGAUGGAGUACGCGACCAAGCAGCGCGAGGGCACCGAGGAGAUUGCGAAGCUGAUCCAGGUCUCGAACGCUGAGCUGCAGGCCUCCGAGGAAACGCGCGAAGAGGACGUGUCUGAGAUCUCUGAGAACGCCGUUCCAGUCUACGGCGAGGUCGCAGGCCGCUUCUGGAAGGACCUGGUCAAGGUGGGCGACGUUGUCAAGAAGGGCGACGGCAUCAUUGUCGUUGAGGCGAUGAAGACCGAGAUGGUUGUGAGUGCGCCGAGCGGAGGAAAGGUUGUGAAGAUUGUGCAUCGGAGCGGUGAUUUCGUUGAGGCGGGAGAUAUUGUUGCGUAUUUGGAGGAGUAGAUUCUGAUAUGACGACCAUUCUUUAUAUUUUUUCUCACGAUAUAAUUUUUCUGUGUUUUCUGCUUUAUUCCAUGUGAUUAUGCCAGACGUUCUUUUCACGACUAUUUAGUCGAUCUUAUUUCAUAUAUUCAUGUACAGAACAGACAGUAGUCUAAUAAUAAUUAUUCAACAAUCU